CCCCCUGUUUUGCACAGACUGUUACUAGGACUGUUAGUAGAAUGAGCAAAGCCAAUAGUCCCAGGGUUUAGCUUCGUACCAAUAGCACCUUUUGCCCGAGAAUGCCUUACAAACACCGUACAGCACCUGUGUCCAAGCGUGCAACCUGUGUCACGAAACUCCUGGCCACUUAGGCACCACCUUAGCUCCCCAAGCUGGCCUGUAGGGAACCUUUCAGCACUUAGCAUCUCCCACAGUAAGUCAGACGUCACCCAGCGGUGCCUUUCAGGUCUGAGCGCUUCCUCCGGGAGUGGAUGUACUCCGAGCUAAAGAGGCCGUGUGUGUACCCCGAGGGCUGAUGCCAUCCACCUAAGGGGAGCAUCCAGAAGUGCCUGAGGGAAUGGCAGCAGGAGGGCACGCUGGCACUCCUCCCGUGCGGCUGUGGGUGCGGCGUGUGGGUGUGUACUGUGAUGAGCACCGCAAAACGUGGCUUGUGGCUGCGGAAGAGGAGGAAGGUAUGCUGAGGGCUCGGAUCCAAAGAGUUCAGGUUCCCCUGGGUGAGGCGCUGCGGCCCAGCCAGCUGCCCCCAUCCCGGCUGCCUCACAUGUGGCAGCUGUCCCAGGGUGAGCAGUACAGGGAUAGUAACUCUCGCGUUUGGGAGAUAGAGCACCAUCUCAUGCUUGGUGGUGUGGAAGAACUGCUGCUUAAACUUGUGCCUGGUGAUUAAUCUGGAGCGGUGGCUCUAGGAAGAUGUCGUUGUAUGUUUUGUACAAUUCUCUCUCCACUGAAAUGCAGCCACCUCUGGGGUGGAAGCAGUUAAACAACACACAGCACCAUCACACAAG